AGAAGAAGAACUACAGAAGAAGACGCAUAUCCCAGGGCGCACUGUUGUUGCUGUGUCCGACGUUACCAAACUAUGCAGGUCAGAUGUUGUAGGUGAGUUCUCAGGCAGUGAAUCAGUCACCAUCAGCUGAUCCUUCACCGUUUCCAGGAUGAGCGGCUUGCGGACCGUCCUGAGCUCCGCUGCGGUGGCCGCUCUAUUGGGGAUCGGCUACGGGAUGUGGUGUGCGAUCGCAUCGGGAGAAGACAGGCGGAGAGAGCUCAUCAAGAAUCUGCCUGAGUCGAACCCAGUGAGAAUGGAAGAGACGAGAAAGAGGAACGCUCUGGUGAUGCAGGCACUCAAGGAAGCUGCUGAAACAAACGACAACAUUGCAAGAGGGUUCGGAGGACCUGCAAAAUAGACCGUCCCACCCUGUUUGCCAAGUCUCCAUGUAUUGAACACUGCCAGCGCGCAGGACCACAAUCUAUUCAAAUAAAGAUGAACAUUCUAUUAUUCUA